GCCCAAAAUCCAUUGGUCCUUCAAACGGUGACGCACUUCACUAGGAAAUGGUCAACUGUUUUGUGAGAUUUGUGUAAACACUAUUGAUGCGCGCUCGGCAUUCACCAAAGGAAACCACCAGAUCGCUCGCGAAUCGCCAAACGAGCAUCAUCUGCCUGCGCGAGGACCAUACAAGCACUUUAUUCGACACUUAAGCGACUGUAAUGUCUGCAUCGGUCGAUAUCCACGCGCAGCUGGCGUCGAUCCUCGAGCGCUUCGCCAAAUGCGCGCUGCUGGAGAUGAGCCGCGCGGUGGAGCAGGAGAUGACGCGCCGCCAGAUGGAGGUCGAGACGCUGCUGGUCAAGCUUCAGUUCACCGAGAGCGAGCUGCGGUCGGCCCGACAGAACCAAGCGAACCUGCGCUCGGUGGGAAUACAAGUCAACAACAGCGGCCAGAGAGAGGUGAACCUCAACCUUGUGAAGUUCAAUGAAAAUCAUGACGGAGAAACACAGACAGAGACGUACACAGACGAUUCUUCAGCACAGACAUUCACAUUGAAUGAAGAUGGAAUCAAAUCCAUUCGGAUCAAAGAGGAGCACAUGGAGGAAGGACAGUGGGACAGCGGACCGAUAUCUCCUGCUCUUUGCCUGUUGGGUCCAGAGGUGGAAGACCAGGACAGCUUCAGCGCGGGAACAACAGGACCAGCUAGAGAGGGCAGUGAUUUCAUCCUGACGAGUAAAAUCAAGCCCAGCGGAUUGUGGAAUUCACCCGUUUCUGAGGAAUAUCCCAUCAACUCCGAAGACCAGAGUUUGGACGCGUCUCCUCUGGAAUCAGGCGAGCGAUACGAGAGCCGCCGGCUGGAUCUGAACACACAGGUUCACGUGGAAGAAGCGUACAGACCGGCUGAGAUCUCCCUGCGUGCGAAUCCGUCAGCGGCGGAGAGGAGCUCACGCUGCCCUCAGUGCGGAAAGACCUUCACCACGCGCUUCUACCUGAAGAUCCACCAGCGCAUCCACACCGGAGAGAGACCCUACACCUGCCCGCAGUGCGAAUAUAGAUAUGCUCAAACUAACAACAGCAGUAUGUCCAAUAAUAAAUAA